CUCUUCCGGAAGUCUCCCAGCUCUGGGGCGGAAACGGAAGCCUGUUUAGGUAAAAGAAGGGGUAUUGCCGCGUGUGGUGGUUGCGGUUAUUUUGCUAGCUGGUGUGAAAGAAGGCCGAAAAGACUCCAGGCCUCAUGGCGGUCCGGGCGUCUUUCGAGAACAAUUGUGAGAUCGGCUGCUUUGCCAAGCUCACCAACACCUACUGCCUGGUGGCCAUCGGAGGAUCAGAGAACUUCUACAGUGUGUUCGAGGGCGAGCUCGCCGAUACCAUCCCCGUGGUGCACGCAUCAAUCGCCGGCUGCCGCAUCAUCGGGCGCAUGUGUGUGGGGAACAGGCAUGGUCUCCUGGUGCCCAACAACACCACUGACCAGGAGCUACAGCACAUUCGCAACUGCCUCCCAGACUCAGUGCAGAUCCGGCGGGUGGAGGAGCGGCUCUCGGCCCUGGGCAAUGUCACCACCUGCAACGACUAUGUGGCCUUGGUCCACCCAGAUCUGGACAGGGAGACAGAAGAAAUCCUGGCUGAUGUACUCAAGGUGGAAGUCUUCAGGCAGACAGUGGCUGACCAGGUGCUGGUAGGAAGCUACUCUGUCUUCAGCAAUCAGGGAGGCCUUGUGCAUCCUAAGACUUCGAUUGAAGACCAGGAUGAGCUGUCUUCUCUCCUUCAGGUCCCCCUUGUGGCAGGCACUGUGAACCGAGGCAGUGAGGUGAUUGCUGCUGGGAUGGUGGUGAAUGACUGGUGUGCCUUCUGUGGCCUGGACACAACCAGCACAGAGCUGUCAGUGGUAGAGAGCGUCUUCAAGCUGAAUGAAGCCCAACCCAGCACCAUUGCCACCAGCAUGCGCGAUUCCCUCAUUGACAGCCUCACCUGAGUCACCUAUGCUGCUCUGUGGGCUCCUGCCUCUGGACUUUGGCUCCCUCUACACGCCCCACCCAAUCUGUACUAGAUGCUGGCAGGGAGAGGGCAGAGAGCUCAGUGGGCCUGCAUGGCUGGAUGCCCAGCCUUUCUUCACCUUUACCCGUCUCCUGAAUUUAUACUUACUAUAAAAAUUUGCCCUGUUGUGCUGGUUGUCAGGCCCCAUGGCUCCUGGCUGAGGGUUCUGCUGCCCUGUGCCACCCCAUUAAAGAGCAGUUGCCUCUGA